AUGCGAUUGCUGACAUUCCUUCUCAGAAUUCCAACUCCAGAAGUUAGGCGUACAAAAAGUGCCCCCAAGAGCUAUGUUUGCGAUGUUGAGAUGGCGAAUCUCCGUAAGCUCGCCGAGUUGGGUUGUACCUGCACGCCAAAGGUCCUGGAUACUUCGUUUUAUGUCCAACAUGAACAGGACCCAGUUCCUGGGGGAUUUGCAGCUAUUUGCGUGUUAGAGAAGCUACCAGGGCACGAUCUAAGCAACUUUGGGGAUUUGCCCAUGUCUGAACGAGAUCAAGUUCGGCUAGCCUUUGCAAAAUCGAUCCGCGAAUUUUACUCCUUUGGCUUUGAACAUAGAGAUGAAGCUCGUCGCAAUUUGAUUUGGGACCGUGUGAAUCAAAAAUGUUACAUUAUCGAUCUCGAAGAUGCAUACCAAAUCGAAAACCCUGAUGAAUACAAGAAAUUCAUCCCAGAGUUGCAUUGGCGGUCCUGGCAAAUAGCUGGGCCGGGCAAAAAUUGCAGCCUUUAUGGGUGGGAUCCAAUGGUCCCCUAUGGCCAGCCAUAUAUCAAGGACCCCAGCGAUGAGAUGCUGGAGAAGAUGGCGAUCGAAGCGGCAGGUAAGGAAGUUCACUUCCCGAGGCGCGAUCCUUGGCGCGUAGUGAAAGUGUCUUGUGCAUGA